GGCAAACCAUUUCGAUAACCGAUAACACCAGCUGUACCUGGUACCGACAGUUUUUGUUUAUAUUCCGUGAAAACCAAGAAUUAAUAUUAUUAACCAAGAUGCGCGAUGAGAUUCUGGAUCCCAGCAACCUGGUGAAGAACCGGGAAAUCCUCUACCGGCUGAUGAUCAGCCAACUGAUGUACGAUGGCCUGGAAAAGUUCGCCAUGGAGCUGUCCAUGCUGGUCAAGGCGGAUCAGUGCGCGCCCAGCGAGCGGCUGCUGCACGUGAUGAUCGCGGGCAUGCAGACGCUGAGCGACAAGGACAAGACGCCCACGGAUGACGUGCUGCCCGGGAUUGACCUGGAAUUCGAGCCGGAGGCCUCUGCCUUGGCCCCGGAGCCGCAUUCCUAUGAGACCGCCUAUGUGACGUCGCACAAGCAGGCCUGUCGCGCCGGCGCCUUCAGCUGCGACGGCUCCCUGGUGGCCACCGGCAGCGUGGACGCCAGCAUCAAGAUCCUGGACGUGGAGCGGAUGCUGGCCAAGUCGGCGCCCGAGGAUAUAGAGCCGGGAAGGGAGCAGCAGGGCCACCCGGUCAUCCGGACGCUCUACGAUCACACGGAUGAGGUCUCUUACCUGGAGUUCCAUCCCAAGGAGCACAUCCUGGCCUCCGCCUCGCGCGAUGGAACCGUCAAGCUGUUCGACAUCGCCAAGCCGUCGGUGAAGAAGGCCCACAAGGUGUUUACCGACUGCGAACCGGUGCUGUGCCUCUCCUUCCAUCCCACCGGGGAUUACGUGGCCAUCGGCACGGAGCACAAUGUUCUGCGGGUCUACGACGUGCACACCACCCAGUGUUUUGUGAGCGCCAUUCCCUCGCAGCAGCACAAGGCGGGCGUGACCUGCGUCAAGUACUCGCCCACGGGAAAGCUCUACGCCACCGGCAGCUACGAUGGUGAUAUAAAAAUCUGGGACGGAAUCAGCGGGCGGUGCAUCAACACCAUUGCCGAGGCUCACGGCGGAGCGGCCAUCUGUUCGCUGGAGUUUACCAGGAAUGGGAAGUACCUCCUUUCUUCUGGCAUGGAUUCCCUGGUUUACCUGUGGGAACUAUGCACCAGUCGCCCCAUUCAAACCUACACUGGUGCAGGAACCACCGGCAAGCAGGAGCACCAGACAGAGGCCGUGUUUAACCACACCGAGGACUACGUGCUCUUCCCCGACGAGGCCACCACAUCGCUCUGCUCGUGGAACUCGCGCAAUGGCUGCCGACUCACACUGAACUCACUGGGACACAAUGGACCCGUACGCUACAUUACGCACUCGCCCAAUGCCCCUGCAUUCCUCACCUGCUCCGAUGACUUUCGGGCUCGUUUCUGGUACCGCAGGGCCAACAAUCAGUAGAUGGAGGAUUUUUAUACAAAUAAAAUACUUAAGAUAUUUUCGAAUUAGUCUAAAACACUUCUGUGUCUUUCAGUAAAAUUCUCUUUAUUCAAUUAA